AUUUCCCUCUCUCUUUCUCGGUUUCUCUCCCUCAUCUCAUCUUUGAGACUGUGACUGCAAUUUUGGUGAGAGCGCGUGUGUGCUCGUGUUUUUCAUUCCUCGAGGUUCAAGUGUUCCAACUUCAAUGGGAAGCCCAAGCAACUUUCUCACGACACCAACCAGAACUCCAAAUCAGAAAUCCGUCUCUUCUCGGAUUUCCAGAAAGCAUCAAGAACCGAAUUCCAUGGAUUCCUCUUUGAAUCAUUUGGCUUCCGAAUUCAAGUCGAGGUUCGAGGCCUACAAUCGGUUGCAGGCAGCUGCAGUUGCUUUCGGUGAGAAACUCCCCAUUCCAGAAAUCGUUGCUCUUGGCGGCCAGUCAGAUGGCAAGAGCUCUUUGCUUGAAGCACUACUUGGCUUCCGAUUCAACGUUCGGGAGGUCGAAAUGGGCACUCGCAGGCCUCUCAUCCUUCAGAUGGUUCACGACCCUUCAGCCUUGGAGCCUCGAUGCAGAUUUCAGGAGGAAGAUUCUGAAGAAUAUGGAAGUCCACUUAUUAUGGCAUCAGCGAUUGCAGAUCUUAUUAGAACCCGAACUGAGGCACUUCUAAAGAAGACGAAAACAUCAGUCUUUUCAAAGCCAAUUGUGAUGAGAGCAGAAUACGCUCAUUGCCCUAAUCUCACCAUUAUUGACACUCCCGGCUUUGUUCUUAAGGCAAAGAAGGGGGAACCAGAAAAUACGCCUGAUGAGAUCCUCUCAAUGGUGAAGUCAUUGGCGAGUCCUCCCCAUCGCCUUCUCCUGUUCCUUCAGCAAAGUAGUGUGGAAUGGUGCUCAUCACUCUGGUUGGACGCCAUUCGUGAAAUUGAUCCAACCUUCAGACGGACAAUAAUUGUUGUCUCCAAGUUUGAUAAUAGGCUUAAGGAAUUCAGCGACCGGUCAGAAGUGGAUCGGUAUUUGAGUGCAAGUGGCUACCUCGGAGACAAUAUUCACCCAUUCUUUGUGGCUCUGCCAAAGGACAGAGGCACGGUUUCAAAUGAGGAAUUCCGCAGACAAAUUUCUCAGGUUGACACAGAAGUCCUUCGACAUCUACGUGAAGGUGUUAGUGGAGGAUUUGAUGAAGAAAAGUUUAGGCCUUUCAUUGGUUUUGGUGGUCUUAGAGAAUACUUGGAGUCUGAGCUUCAAAAGAGAUACAAAGAAGCUGUACCAGCAACUCUAGCAUUGCUUGAACAGCGGUGCAGCGAAGUCACCACCGAAUUGGGCAGAAUGGACUCCAAGAUAAUUGCCACAUCUGAUGUUGCUCAUCUUCGGAGAUGUGCAAUGUUGCAUGUGGCUUCAAUCAGCAGUCAUGUGGGGACAUUGAUUGAUGGAGCAGCAGAUCCUGCCCCAGAGCACUGGGGGAAAACAACAAUAGAGGAGCAGACAGAGAGUGGUGUUGGAAGUUGGCCUGGUGUCACUGCUGAUAUAAAACCUCCAAAUGCUACCCUAAGGCUCUAUGGGGGAGCAGCAUUUGAGAGGGUAAUGCAUGAAUUUCGUUGCGCUACAUAUUCCAUUGAGUGCCCACCUGUGUCUAGGGAGAAGGUUGCAAAUAUACUAAUUGCCCAUGCUGGCCGAGGUGGGGGUGGGGGAAUAACAGAGGCAGCUGCGGAGAUAGCACGUGCUGCUGCUCGAUCAUGGCUUGCUCCUCUUCUUGACACUGCCUGUGAUAGACUUGCAUUUGUUUUGGGGAACCUAUUUGAACUUGCUAUAGAACGCAAUCGCAGCCAUGAAUUCUCAGAUUAUAGGAGGAAGAAAGGAGAUAUGGAUGGCUAUGUUGGUUUUCAUGCUGCUUUAAGGCAUUCUUACAAUUGCUUCAUUAGGGAUCUUGCCAAAAAGUGCAAGCAACUAGUUCGUCACCACCUUGAAUCAAUUACAAGCCCAUACUCUCAAGUCUGCUAUGAAAGUGACUACCUUGGAAGCUUUGGCUCGGGUGCAAACCCAACCUAUAGAAUCAACCAUACUCCGGCUUCUCUAUUUUGUCUUGAGCUAUCUGAGGGUGUGGAAAUUCACCAAGAUGAAAGCAUGGGAAGGGAUCAGGAGAAUAUACCUCCUGAAAGAAAUACACAGCAAACAACACCAGGGAAAAGCACAGAAGCCAGAGAUGCACUCCGGGAUAGCCAAUUGACUAUACCUGAGACCCCAUCUCCUGAUCAACCAUGCGAUCCAGUAUAUGGAGGUGCUAGAAGGAAAGAAGUUGGAAACUGUGGAGAGGUUGGGGGAAGAAAACGAAACUCAAGGAUGAUGGCCAAUGGCAAAAAUGUAGAUCAUCAAAAAGUCCUAAAUGGUGGUUCUAUGCUAUUUGGAAAUGGUGAUACUGGAUCUAGGUCAGGGUCAGCUUACUCAGCUAUUUGUUCCUCAGCUGCACAGCAUUUUGCCAGAAUUCGUGAAGUUCUCGUUGAGCGAACUGUAACAUCAACUCUCAACUCUGGAUUUUUAACUCCUUGUCGAGAUAGGCUUGUGGUGGCACUUGGUUUAGAUUUGUUUGCUGUGAAUGAUGAUAAAUUCAUGGAUAUGUUCGUGGCACCUGGUGCAAUUGAUGUCCUUGAGAAUGAACGCCAAUCACUCCAUAAGCGCCAGAAGAUACUUCAGUCUUGCUUGCAUGAGUUCAAGAGCAUUGCUCGGGCACUUUGACAGAAUAUAUUUUGUGGAUAAAACUAAAUGGCCUGUCAAAAGAGUGCUGCUGCCUUUUCAUUGCUUUCGUUUUUUUUUCUUUUCAUCCCAAAGCUUCGCAUCUAUGUGUGUAACUUCAAAGAAUAGGAGAUUUGUUGCAACUUCUGUUGCCAGUAAGAAGAUGAAAGGCA